AUGCUUCCUGGUGAGAUCCAGCAGUUCCUGAUCAUCCCGGACCACCGCGCCGCGUUGGAGUACUGCGACCGCUACAGCCCGGACUGCGAUGCCCCCGCUGUCGCCGUCGCCGCUGUUGAGUUGCCCCAGUCCCAGGACCCCGACGACCCAGAGCAGUACGGCGAUGGCGGGUUUGAGUAUGAGUACGGAACACCGUACGAUGGUGUCGAAGCAGACAGGGAGAGAACGGCCAAUCCGCAGGGACCCAGUAGGCGCACAGAGGAAAGCAAGCAGGGCUCCUCCUCCGACCCCAAGGCGCCCGCGCUAAAGUCGGAUGCAUCCGCGAGUGGCGGAUCUAACGACAACAACGACGAGGGGAAGACGAAGAAGGGACGCGGCAGAAAGGACGGUGCUAAGAAGGGCGAUAGGAAAAAAAAGAGGGACAAGAACAAGAGCAAGAAAGACAAGGCCGGAGGCUCUAACCAGGCCCAGGCCGAUGAUGUAGGCCCGAAGGACGAUUCCUCGGCGCGCGCGGCUCCCAGCGCCAGCGAGGAGGAGGUGCUGCCCGAGUACGGCCGCUUCGUCGACGAAGACGACCGGGACUGGCCCAAACCCACCUUCACGGCGCUCAACAACCGCACUUCACAGUCCGGCGGGGAGCAGCAGGGCUUGCCGGACGUCUUUGAGGAGGACUACGUGACGAGGAAAGAGCUCGACACGGGAUUCGACGAGUACUCCACGGACUCCAGCGACUACGGCGGCGCGGGGCACAGAUUCAGCACCCCGACCCGCCCAGACGGCAGGCAGCCCGCCGGGCGCGUCCCCGGCAAGGACUAUGGCGGCGUGGACUACGCCGAGUACGGCGGCGAAGUCUUUGAAAUCGACGACCUCGACUACUCGCUGGCGCCCGACACGGACGACCCGGACGACCCGGGGCACCGCGUCGUCGAGCUGCCCGUCGAGUCCGACACCUCCUCGAGGUACGACGGAGGUCGCGGCGAGAAGGGACAGAAGGGGGAGCCCGCAAUCAUCGAGCCGGGAAUGCUGCUGGAGGGACCUGCGGGGCCUGAGGGCCCCAUGGGGUAUCCCGGGCCCCCAGGAUCGCUGGGACCUCCCGGCCCCCCGGGAGACCCUGGAGAGAGGGGCCAGUCGGGCCGCCCGGGUUUGUCUGGGGCCGAUGGAAUCCCCGGGCCUCCGGGCAACGUCCUCAUGUUACCGUUCCGCUUUGGUGGCGGGGUACAGGAAGGGCAGAAAGGACCGGGGCUCUCUGCACAGGAAGCACAGGCACAGGCCAUCCUCCAGCAGGCCAGGCUCGCAAUGAGGGGUCCACAAGGGCCGCAAGGCUUCACCGGUCGUACAGGCCCUGUGGGACCUCCAGGGAUACCGGGCAUCAAGGGGGAAUCCGGGGAGCCGGGCCCACAGGGACCUAGAGGAAUGCAAGGGGUCCAGGGGCAGCAGGGCAAGCUGGGCCGACGGGGGCGCUCCGGCGCCGACGGAGCGAGAGGGAUGCCGGGCAACGAAGGCAGCAAGGGCGAUCGGGGAUUCGAUGGCUUACCGGGUCUGCCAGGCGAGAAGGGCAGCCGGGGUGACAUUGGCCCAGCGGGACCACAGGGGCCUACAGGGGACGACGGGCCCAGGGGAGACACGGGGGCGAUCGGAGCCAGGGGCUUGCCAGGAGAGUCUGGACCACGGGGACUCAUCGGACCGAGAGGAAUCCCCGGGAACCCGGGCCCUGUGGGCCCUCCUGGCUCGGAUGGUCCUGUCGGCCAGAAGGGCAACGUGGGACUUCAAGGUGAGCCAGGAGCACUUGGCCAGCAAGGAAACCCUGGGUCCCAGGGCAUGCCGGGACCUCAGGGGCCCAUCGGACAACCGGGAGAGAGGGGUCCUGUUGGGAAACCAGGGCUGCCCGGGUUCUCGGGAUCUGACGGGCCUCCCGGCCACCCUGGGAAAGAAGGACUGCCGGGCGAGAAGGGACAGCUGGGCCCUUUGGGUCCCCAGGGCCCCGUGGGUUACCCGGGUCCACGCGGCGUGAAGGGGGCGGAAGGAGCACGGGGGAUGAAGGGCGACAAGGGAGACAAGGGAGAAGAUGGUUUCCCCGGAUUUAAAGGCGACAUGGGUCUUAAAGGCGACAAGGGUGAGAGUGGGCCCUUCGGACCGAGAGGAGAAGACGGGCCAGAAGGCCCCAAGGGCCGCACGGGCCCUCCCGGCGACCCAGGACCCAACGGACCCGCCGGAGAGAAGGGGAAGCUGGGAGCUCCUGGCCUGUCUGGAUACCAGGGGCGGUUGGGACCCAAGGGAUCUCUGGGGCUCAUAGGUUUGGCCGGAGCUCAAGGAGAGAAAGGAACCCGGGGAGAGACCGGGAAGCUGGGCCCGCACGGAGGCAGGGGAACGCCAGGUCCACGUGGAGAGCGGGGCCAAAGAGGGCAGCAAGGAAAGGCAGGCCCCAAGGGCAACACCGGGUCAGAUGGCGCGCCCGGACCGCAGGGCGAAAGGGGACCUCCUGGAUCGCAAGGGCCCACUGGCUUCCCUGGACCCAAGGGACCUCCAGGCCCCGCCGGCAAAGAUGGACCACCGGGGCAUCCGGGACAGCGAGGAGAGAUCGGCUUCCAAGGCAAGACUGGAGUGGCUGGACCUCCCGGCGUGGUCGGACCUCAGGGCCCUUCGGGGCAGACCGGGCCCAUGGGGGAGAGAGGCCACCCAGGCCCGCCGGGCCCUCCGGGAGAGCUCGGCCUGCCCGGCGCCGACGGCAAGGAGGGGUCCAAGGGAGACCCGGGGCCGCUGGGGAGCCCGGGGAAGGAGGGCCCCUCGGGGCUGCGAGGGUUCCCGGGCGAGAGGGGCCUGCCGGGCCCCGUGGGCAUCCCGGGCUUGAAAGGAGACCAGGGCCCGGCAGGGCCGCCGGGACCCACGGGCUCCCUGGGAGACCGUGGCCCCGCGGGGGCCGCAGGGCCCAUCGGCCUUCCCGGCCGCCCCGGGCCACCAGGGCCUCUGGGAGCCACCGGCGAGAAGGGCAACGCGGGUGAUAAGGGGCAGCUGGGCCCUGUGGGACGCGAUGGGAUUCAAGGGAUCAUCGGACUGCCAGGCCCCGCGGGCCCUGUCGGGGCCCAGGGGGAGGAUGGGGACAAGGGCGAGAUCGGUGAGCACGGGCAGAAGGGGAGCAAGGGUGACAAGGGCGAGUCGGGACCUGUUGGACCCCCUGGGAUUCAAGGCCAGAUAGGACAGCCAGGGCCCCUUGGUCCCGACGGGGAGCCCGGUUUGAGGGGGCCCCAGGGCCCAUUUGGACAGAAAGGGGAUGAGGGGCCCAGGGGAUACACAGGCCCACCGGGCCCUGCUGGCCUUCAGGGGUUGCCGGGAACGCCGGGCGACAAGGGCGACAACGGCGACGUGGGGUCCCUGGGUCCACCCGGCCCCCCGGGAAACCGAGGCCCCCCAGGAUCGCAAGGUGCCGACGGCCCGCAAGGACCGCUGGGAGCCAUCGGAAACCCGGGCUCGUCCGGAGAAAAGGGCGAUGUGGGCGAAGGCGGACUGCCGGGGCAACCAGGAGAGCUGGGUCCUGUGGGCCCUCCUGGAGAGAAGGGAGAGCGGGGCGAGGCUGGGAACGCGGGCACCCCAGGGCCGGCGGGCGGACGUGGGCAGAUAGGGGAAGAUGGCCCCAAGGGCCACCCUGGUCCCGUGGGAUUCCCCGGAGAUCUGGGAGUAUCGGGCGAGCCGGGACCCCCGGGGCAAGACGGCGCGCCGGGCGACGCUGGAGACAAGGGCGACACGGGCGAGCCGGGAUCUCCGGACCGACGGGAGAAGCCGGACCGCCGGGGUUCCUUGGGCAAAAGGGGCCCACCGGGGCCACCUGGGCCAGAAGGCCGGACGGGAAUGAAAGGAGCCAAGGGAGAGCUGGGCCCCGAUGGAUUGCCGGGUCGCCUCGGCCCGGCUGGGCCUGUGGGCCUGCCUGGGCCGCCAGGCCUGGACGGCCUUCGAGGCAUUCCAGGUUCUCCGGGGAUCCUCGGUUCGCCGGGGCCGAUCGGACAGAACGGACCGCCGGGACCCAUGGGACCUCCAGGUCUUCCCGGACUGAAGGGCGAGCCCGGAAAGAAGGGGGAGAAGGGCCACCCUGGGCUCAUCGGGCUCAUCGGCCCCCCGGGAGAUCAAGGGGAUAAAGGGGAUCGCGGAGAGCCCGGUAUCGGGGGUCUCCCGGGGCCCAAGGGAGACGUUGGAUUUUCCGGACCAUCAGGACCAGUAGGCCCGGGUGGACCUCCAGGACUUCCGGGCCCGCCAGGACCAAAGGGUGCAAAGGGUUCAACGGGGGCAUCCGGUCCCAAAGGUGAACUGGGCCCCCCAGGAGCUCCCGGCCCUCCCGGACCUCCCGGCGACGUCAUCAACCCCUUCCCGCUCAUGGGCGAGCUCCGGUCGCGCCGAUCGGUGGACGCCAGCCUGCCCAUGGACGGGGAGCGGCUUCCCUUCCCCGAUUACGGCGAGGCGCCGGCCGGCCGGAGCCGCGGCGCCGCCGCCGCCGCCGCCGCUGCCGGCGGCGCGAACCGGGUGGCCGAUCCGGAUCCGGAUGCCUACCUGGACUACGAGGACGGCAUGGAGGAGAUCUUCGCGUCGCUCAACUCGCUCAAGAUCGAGAUCGAGCAGAUCAAGCACCCGCUGGGCACGCAGAGCAACCCGGCGCGCACCUGCAAGGACCUGCAGCUCUGCCACCCGGACUUCCCCAACGGAAACUACUACAUCGACCCUAACCAGGGCUGCUCGGGAGACUCCUUCAAGGUUUUCUGCAACUUCACCGGCGGCGGGGAGACCUGCGUCGUGCCAGAUGAGCGCACGGCCUCGGUGAAGAUGUCGUCGUGGCCUGGGGAGACCCUGGGCACGUGGUUCAGCGAGUUCAGCGACGGUCACCCGCUCUCCUACGUGGACCUGGACGGCAGGCCCGUGGGCGCGGUGCAGAUGACGUUCCUGCGGCUGCUGAGCUCGUCGGCCCGGCAGAACGUCACCUACCUGUGCCGAGACGCCGUGGCGUGGGUGGACGCGCGCGGCGGGGCCGGCUCUCCGCACGCUCGCUCCGUGCGGAUGCUCGCGGCCAACGACGAGGAGAUCUCGCACGACACGAGCCCCUACGUACGGGCGCUGCACGACGGGUGCUCGGAGCGGAGGGGCGAGGGCCGCACGGUGCUGGAGGUCUCCACCCCGCACGUGGAGCAGCUGCCCAUCGCUGACCUCAUGCCCGGGGAUCUCGGAGGCCCUGGGCAGCAGUUUGGCUUCCAGCUGGGACCCGUUUGCUACCUCGGCUAGAGGGCUCCCCCCCCCCUCUCGCUCCCCCCACAUCCCUCUCGCCCCGCCCCCCCUCUCGC